AUGCAGAAUUCAACACAGGUUGUGACAUUUGUGCUGUCUAUGUACGCUGACCUAGGACAGUUCAAGUACCUGUAUUUCACCCUUGCACUGUUAUUUUACUUAUCAGUCAUUUUUGCCAACACAGUUCUUAUAGUCAUUAUUUAUAUGGACAGAAAUCUGCAUGAGCCAAUGUACCUGUUUUUGUGCAGCUUGUUUGUUAAUGAAAUAUACGGCAGCACAUCUUUGUUACCCUGCUUAAUGGCACAGAUUUUAUCAGAUACUCAUGACAUUUCUCAAUUUUACUGUUUUCUUCAAAUAUUUAACAUCCACUCAUAUGUAGGUAUUGAAUUUGGAACUCUGACAAUAAUGGCAUAUGACAGAUAUGUGUGUAUUUGUAAGCCUUUACAUUAUAAUAGCAUAAUGACUAAACUAAAGGUUCAAACUGUCAUUCUUAUAAUCUGGUCUGUUACUUUUUUAGAAGUUGGAGUUUUGCUGUCUUUUACAAUCCGUAUGGAGUUUUGUAAACCUGUUAUCAAAAAAGUUUUUUGUGCACAUCAUUUAGUGGUUGAAUUGUCAUGCUCAGAAGACAGAACAGUGUCACUAGUUCAUGAUUUGGUUUUUGGCCUUAUUAUAAGUGUGGCUGCCCCUGUUACUUUUAUUACAUACACUUAUAUUAAGAUUUUAAGAGUUUGUGUAAAAGGUUCCAAAGAGACUAGAAUGAAAGCUGUCGAAACCUGCUCUCCUCAUCUGAUUUCACUCAUCAGCUUUGUCUUUGCCUGUUUCUACAGUUUGAUCACUCAGAGAUUUGACUUUUUCUCUGUUCCAUAUCCACUGUGUAUUUUCUUGUCUAUGUAUGUCGUGAUCAUUCAGCCUAUUCAGAAUCCUGUCAUGUACGGUUUCAAACUGUCAAAAAUGAGAAAUGCUGUUAAGAAUAUGUUGACAAUAAACACACAAGUUUUACAUUUUUAUGGAGUGUAUUUAAACGUCAUUGUUAUUUUACCCUUAGACAUAAACAGCCACCUGUGA